AAUGCAUGCGUGUCUUUUCUACACAUAGUGCGUAAUGGUAGAACGGAGAAUGAACUCCCUUGUAAAAUGGGCGCUCAUCAUUUUUGGACUCAUCUCUGUCAUUCUGAACAUCGUACUGAUCGGCAUUCACUCAGGCAGGGUGCCCAAAUGUUCGGCUCUGCGUGUCCACCCACUGAAGAGUGAACACGAUGAACGCAGCCUCGUGUUUGCUGAUCUCACUCAAGAGGAGUACUUGCAAGUCCAGCAGUACAUGCUCAAACAGAGGGAUCUGGAUAUCUCCACCAGUCAAACCACUAAGCCAUCGGAUAACUUUUUAUUUCUAAUUGAUCUCUCACUACCAAAGAAAUCGGAGGCUGUGGCUUACUUAGAUGGGAAAGGUCAAAAGCCAAUAAGAGAAGCAACAGUGGUGGUCUUCUAUGGCUCGAAGAGCUUCAUUAAGGAGUAUGUGGUAGGGCCUCUUCCCAACCCGACAUACCGCAGAGAUGUGACUAAGGAGAGAUACAACAUGGAUUUACCGAUCAAUAAGCGCCUGGUUACCAUUGGGGAGUACAAUCUGAUGUUUAAAUUUUUUGAGACAGAGGUAUUUUCUAAGUUAGCGAAACUCCUUAAAGAGAGCUUUGGUGUGGAUAAUGAAAAACGCUUGACGGCUUUCGAGCAAAUGCCCCGGGGCCUUCGGUCAGGGGACAGAAAAACUUGGGUUUCUUUCUUUAGGGACAUGAGCGGCAUGUACAUUCACCCAGUGGGCUUCGAGGUGCUGCUGAACCACGAAAGCGUAAACGCAUCUCAGUGGAAAGUGGAGAAGCUGCUUUAUAACGGCAAAUAUUUUAACACGGUGGAAGAACUUAAGAUGGAAUAUAAUAAUGGAAAAGUGAAAAAAAUUGUCUACAAGGAAUCUCCUGAUUACGGUUCUCUUAAACCUAGAAAAAAGCCGCUGCAGCUCCCACCCCAGCAAUUUUAUUCAGAAGGGAAGCGUUACAGCAUCGGGUACAACCACGUCCUCUACCUGGACUGGAGCUUUGCUUUUGGACUCAGUUCCCUCACAGGUAUGAGAGUGUUUGAUGUGAGGUUCAAUGGUGAAAGAAUUGCCUAUGAAAUAAGCGUGCAGGAGGCAAUGUCGGUGUAUGGAUCAGUGACACCAGGGAUGAUUCUCACUAAGUUUUUGGAUUCAAGUAUUGGAAUCGGUCGCUUCGCACAUGAGCUAGUUCGUGGUGUAGAUUGUCCCUAUAACGCCGACUAUGUUGACACAUACCGUUACAUCGAUGUCUCGGUCCCAGUCAGGUUUAGGAACUCAAUAUGCAUAUUUGAGCACAACAUGGGUCAGCCCCUAAGAAGACACUUCGCCGAUUUUUUCCACAACAGCUAUGGAGGGAUGGUAAACAGCGCUUUAAUCUUCAGAACGAUCACAGCUAUAGGGAAUUAUGACUACAUGUGGGAUUUCAUCUUUUAUCAAAGUGGAUCGGUUGAAGCCAAAGUGCACGCCACUGGCUACAUCUCAUCUUCUUACCUGGUAGACGGCAAUCUGAAGUACGGACACCAAGUGGCAGAAAAUGUCCUCGGCAAUAUUCAUACGCACUUCAUCAACUUCAAGGUGGACCUAGAUGUGGCAGGUGUGGAGAAUGUAUUCCAGAUCAAAGACAUGGAAUUUGUCAAUGUAUCUUUGCCUUGGAUGCCUGAUCGUCAUGCAAUGGUACCUCGGCUGGUGGAAAAGCAGCUCCAAACAGAACAGGAGGCAGCCCAACGUUUUGACACCAAGACACCUCGCUAUCUUCACAUCGCUAGCAAAAAAACCAACCGUUGGGGCCAUCAGCGUACCUACAAACUGCAGGUGUUUAGCUUUGCAGGAGACCAUCUACCAGAGAACCAGGUUGAAGAGAGAUCCAUGUCCUGGGCCAGGUAUAAGGUUGCCAUCACCAAACAGAAGGACUCAGAACAAACCAGCAGCAGUCUUUACAAUCAAAAUGACAUUUGGACUCCAGCUGUUGACUUCAGCAAAUAUAUUGAGGACAACGAAAGCAUUGAAGACCAAGACCUUGUUGCCUGGGUGACCACAGGGUUCCUUCAUAUUCCUCAUGCUGAAGACAUUCCCAACACUGUAACGGUGGGUAAUGGUGGUGGAGUCAUACUACGACCACAUAACUACUUUGAUGAGGACCCAUCGAUCCAUUCUACAGAUUCGGUGUAUCUCAGCCCUGGUGCUGAAGACAGCUGUGAGAACAACAGGAUGGCAUGCCUGGCUCAUGAGACUUGUAGCGCCACCCUGGAGACCUUUACCUACCAUGGCUUCGAUGGAGUCAUGAAGUUUGAGGACUGAAGGUGAUUUAAUAUAUGCUGCUAAGUAAUAGCUUCACAGCCAUGAUAACCUAGGAGAUGUCAUUGUGCUACGUAUUUAUAGAGACAAUUUGGUGUUCCAAAUUGAAUUAUUUUGGUUCUACAAAUCCCUCUGCAAUAUGUUGUUUUAUUUACUUAUUUACAUGCAUAUAUAACACUUUUUGCUGCAAAUAUUUUUUUAAAUGCUCUAGCGUCCGAUUGUUAAAAAACUUUGCAACGGGGACCUAUUAUGCAAAAUUCACUUUUUGAUUGUUUUUUUACUUCCAUUUGGGUCUCUAAAGCUUCUAGUCCAAACGCAAAAAAAAAAAAACAUUCAGCCGUUUUUGGGCUAUAAAUGAAUGUUUCAUUUUUUCUAGCAAACAUGCACUUUCUAAAGCUGUGUAAUUGCAAUGUCACAAUUACACUGGCACCUAGAAAUGAUACCUGAGUCAUGCCCUGACUAGCAACUGAAGCGAAGCUCCUCCCACUUAAUUUUCAGUAGAGGAUCACAUCUCGCCAGCUGGUUUUACCUUUAAAAUAGCUACUCUCAAAGGCAGAUGUUCUGUUGUUGGCUGCAAAGACCCACGUGUGUCCAUGCACAUUCUCCCACUGUUGGAUAACAGAGAUUCGUGGCUUCAUUUUAUUUUUAAGGGCAAUGUUCCAGCCACAUUGCCGAAGUACUAGUACUAGUUUGCGCAAAUCACUUCACCACAGACUGCUUUGAGGACUUACAUCAGAACACGUCAGGAUUUGCAGAAAGACUUAGACUGAAGAAAAAUUCUGUCCCUACUGUUCGUGGCAAAUCUGCAGAUGACAGAUGUAUGGCUGUACUGUUGUCCAUCUGCUGGCAGCCAUUUUAAAGUGUACAAAGUGCUGUUGGGGGAACUGAGGAGGUGAAAUUUCAUUAUCUGAGAAUGAUUUUGUGUGAAAAAUGUAAUUAACAUGUUUUUUUAUAGCCCAUAGACCUAUCCCAAAUGUUUAAAAGGAAGUAUUUGAGGUAACCUUUAAGAUGACACAGCUUUUUAUUCCAAGCACUGUUUGUAUUCUCUGUAUUUCUUUUGUAAAAAAUGCUUGCAUGUUACCAUUAAAGACUAAGUUUGGC